GAUUUUUUUCUUACAAUUACAUUGCCAAACUUGCACCGACUCCACUUUAUUUUCACCAAGCUUAUUCAUUUUCCAUACAUCCAAACAUAAAAUCCAAUUAAUCAAUCAAUCACUCCCAAAAAACUCGCUCUCAUUUCUUGGGUACAUCAUUUUUUUAUAAGUAAAAUUAUUUAAUUAAAUAAAGCAUGCACACCACCAAUUAUUAAUACAAGGCCUUCUUGGUUCAUUAUUCACCACGAGCUGCACAAUGUCAGUAACCAAAAGUUCACCGCCGGCAGGGCAUGUUGCCGCGUGUGUAUUUCCGUUCGCCAGUCAUCCAAUGGCUCUCUUUGGCCUGGUGUGUAGACUAGCAAAAGAAGCUCCUCAACUGCAGUUUUCUUUCCUCUGCACUCAAAGAUCAAACUCAAUGGUCUUGUCAAAUGAAACUAAUAUCCUCCCAACCAAUAUCAAAACCUAUGACGUGGACAAUGGCUCGCCGGAAGGGAUUGAUCACUUAACAUUAGAUCAUGCACUGGAAGGUAAGUACUUCUUUAAACAGUUCCCGGGGAACUUCAGACGCGGAAUUGAUACAGCGGUGGCAGAGACAGGUGGUAGAAGUGUAACCUUCCUGAUAAUAGAUGCCUGUUUCUCGUUUGACCUUGGCAAGUUGGCCGAGGAGAUGAAUGUGCCAUGGGUAGCGUUUAUGGUACCUGCACCUCAUGAUCUUGCUGUCUGGUUCCAAAAGGAUCUCAUUCAACAGCUCUACACUAAUGCUCAAACCCACGAUGAUCACCCAGAAGACCAAGUCGUAGAUAUCAUUCCAGGUUUACCUCCAGUACCCUUUAAAGACUUCCAAGAUGAAGUGUUCCAGAGAAAUCCCAGUAGUCCAGUUGUCCAAAUUUUAUCAUCAAUGGCACAAAAAAUAACUCAAGCAUCUGCAAUUGUGUGGAGCUCUUGUGAAGAACUAAAUCCUAGUUUCCUCACAAAUUAUCUCAAGUCCAAGGCUCAAAAUUUACUCUUUGUGGGUUCAUUAAACCUAUCCGGCACAGAUGCUACAGGGCACCUGACAUGGCUGGAUAGACAAAAAACUGCGUCUGUUGUAUAUAUAAGCUUCGGAACAGUCGCAGCCCCUGGUCGUGAGGAGUUAGAGGCAUUAGCUGAAGCGCUUGAAGAGAGGGGUGUUCCAUUUCUUUGGUCUCUCAAGGACAAGUUCAAGGAGUAUCUGCCUGAUGGAUUUAUUGAGAGGACUCGAACCCGCGGAAAGGUGGUUCCAUGGGCAUCCCAGAGGAAAGUACUGGGACAUCGUUCAAUUGGUGUACAUGUGACUCAAAGCGGCUACGGUUCUGUUUUAGACAGCAUCCUGUGUGGAGUGCCAAUGAUAUGCAGGUCAGUGUGGGCAGACAAUCAUUUGAAUGCGAAGAUGGUGGAGGAGGUGUGGGGGAUUGGAGUGAGAUUCGAGAAUAGAGUAAUCACUAAGUCUGGAAUGCUCAAGUGUUUGGACAUGAUUUUCCAACAGGACAAAGGGAAGGAGAUCAGACAAGCAGCUACUGCCCUCAAACAAGUUUUGGAAAAGGCAGCUGGACCAGAUGGCGUUGCUGCUAAACAUUUCGAAACUCUGUUGCAGAUUAUCUCUGAGAAGUAAAGCAUAUUAUGGAUCUUUGAGAAGUAAAGCUUAUUAUGGAGUUCUUCUUCUUCUUCUUCUUCUUCUUCUUCUUCUUCUUCUUCUUCUUCUUCUUCUUCUUCUUCUUCUUCCAGGACCAUGGUCCCUAAUAAUGGUCGAACAAGAUGUAUAAACUUAAUUAUAGAGUGUUAUCUUUUUCAUGGGUGUGUCUGUAAUAAUCAAGUGCAUGUGUUAUGUACUAGAGUGCUUAGCAUUUUUGUGCCA